GAAGAGGGAAGUUUAAAGAUCAGUCUUUAUUUUGUGGUUGAAGCCUUGAAGGCUAAAUCCCAACUUCUCAUUACUUCUCAUAGUUUGCUUGUUUUCUCUGUGUCCAGUAGGUGACUAUGGUAUCCAGUGUUCCAGGAACAAGAUUGUUCAGCUUUUUAUUUUGGAAAAAUACUUUAUUUGUGCUUUGGAGACAGAGAACUUGUUGCUUCCAAAUUGCCUUAGAAUCUCGGCUCCCCUGAGUGUAAUCUCUGCCACUAACCAGUGCGUUUCUGUUUUAGGAGCCAUGCUUGAUCAGGACUACCAGAAGGUCAGCUCCAUUGUGGGGACCCUUGUAAGGAGAUGAGUUGUUGAGCAGAGGCCAGGAUGAAGUUGCUGCCAGGAGUGGGUGUGUUCGGGACGGGCAGCUCAGCCCGGGUCCUAGUCCCACUGCUGAGGGCGGAGGGCUUCACCGUGGAGGCCCUGUGGGGAAAGACAGAGGAAGAGGCAAAGCAGCUGGCCGAGGAGAUGAACAUCACCUUCUACACCAGCCGGACAGAUGACGUUCUGCUGCAUCAAGAUGUAGACCUGGUUUGCAUCAAUAUCCCACCUCCGCUCACCCGACAGAUAUCUGUGAAGGCUCUAGUACCUGUUGUGAAGCUUCAGUUGGCUGGAGAAGAGCAGGAGAUGGAGGGAGGGCCUGACGCAGUGACACCAGGUUCUCCGUGUGCACCUUACUGUAGACAGAGAGGAAUUGGGAAGAACGUGGUGUGUGAGAAGGCUGCAACAUCCGUAGAUGCCUUCCGGAUGGUGACUGCGUCUCGCUACUACCCACAGCUGAUGAGCCUCGUGGGGAACGUGCUGCGCUUCCUACCUGCCUUUGUGCGCAUGAAACAGCUGAUCGCAGAACACUACGUGGGGGCCGUGAUGAUCUGCGAUGCCCGCAUCUACUCCGGGAGCCUGCUCAGCUCCAGCUACGGCUGGAUUUGUGAUGAGCUUAUGGGUGGCGGGGGCCUGCACACCAUGGGUACCUAUAUUGUGGACCUGCUGACCCAUUUGACUGGCCAGAAAGCAGAGAAGGUGCAUGGGCUCCUCAAGACCUUUGUGAGGCAGAAUGCCACCAUCCGUGGCAUCCGGCAUGUCACCAGUGACGACUUCUGUUUUUUUCAGAUGCUCAUGGGUGGGGGGGUAUGCAGCACAGUGACACUCAACUUCAACAUGCCUGGUGCCUUUGUGCAUGAGGUCAUGGUAGUGGGCUCAGCAGGGCGCCUUGUUGCCCGGGGAGCUGACCUCUAUGGGCAGAAGAACUCUGCUGCGCAGGAGGAGCUGCUGGUGAGAGACUCGCUGGCUGUGGGUGCAGGGUUCCCUGAGCAGGGUCCCCAGGAUGUCCCACUGCUUUACUUGAAAGGUAUGGUCUACAUGGUUCAGGCCUUGCGUCAAUCCUUCCAGGGGCAGGGGGAUCGCCGUACCUGGGACCGCACCCCUGUGUCUAUGGCUGCCUCAUUUGAGGACGGACUGUAUAUGCAGAGCGUGGUAGAUGCCAUUAAAAGGUCCAGCCGAUCUGGGGAGUGGGAAACUGUGGAGCUGCUGACAGAGGAGCCAGAUGCCAACCAGAAUCUAAGUGAAACACUUCAGCGGAACAACCUGUGAGCCUGCACACGCACUUCCGCCUGUCCGCGGGGCGGAGGGCCCAGGGACGGCACUGGGAGCUGUGAUUGGCUAUAGCAGAGACACAGCGUCUUGUUUAAUAAAGUAGCUUGGGCCAGGGUUAGGAGCCAACUGAAGGUGGCCAAGGGAAAAACCUAUCCAUCCGUCCAUCAUUGACUCCUCAGACUUGCAAGGCAGCAAAUGCUCCUGCUGUCGUAGCUUAGGCUAGCUGUGUGCCCAGCAGGGUAGGGCUGUAACCUGGCCCCUUGUGGCUCUGCCAGUGAGCAGGACCAGUGAAGAUCAACCUGUGGGCUCUUCAGGCUGAAGUGUGGUCUGAUAGGACAAGAAAACCCAGUAAGGAGCUAGCUUGGUUGAGUCCUAAGGGGAGAAGGCAAGGAACCUUGUCUGUCUCCGACCAGGGUAUCUCAGGACUGGAGAGGGUGGCAGGGCAGCCCUUAGGGAUCUUCCCCCACCCUCCCAUGUGAUCAGACCUUUUCAGCCCCCUUGCAAGCCCUUCCAAGAGAAAAAGGAGAUUUCUGUGUUAUACAUAACUCUAGGGAGGAGGGCCCGUGACUUGGCAGAGAGGAGACAAAGGGGGAACUGUAGAACAUCUGAGAAAUGUCAGUAAAUAAGGCAGAAAAAAAAAGUGA